AUGAGAAAAUCAGCAUAGCUUAAUCCAACGCUACUUUAAAAAUAGUUUCGUUUGAAUAUGACUUAAGAUGGUUUUAACAGAGGAGAAAAAUAUCUUUUGGAGCCAAGUUUAGAAGGAGGAAAAUCAGAAUUCACAUUAGGAUCAAGUAAUUCAGAUAUCACUGUGCCAGGUAUUGAGGAUAAGGCAGUUAUAUAAUUUAAAUCAUCUACUGGCUGGGUACUUUACCUCUUAGGAAAACAGUAAAUUAUUUGGUGGUACCUUAGAAACUAAGGGACUUCAAGAGAGCAGUCUGUUGAAUAUGAACUAAUCAAAGGUGUAUACUCUUUAAUUUCAUCAAUUGCUGAUAAUAUUUAAUAUUAAACACUUGAUUAUCACAUUAGAGUUAUGACAACUAUAAUUGCCAAACCCAAGAAAACAAAGACCGAUAGAAAGAAAGGAGUACCCUUUAAGAUGAUGUUUAGAAACCAUAUGGAUCCAGACUAUUACGACCCCAAAGCAAACGAUAAAAUAUUUGUACCUGAUAAUUUGACUGAUCAGCAAAAGAAGAUCAUUGAGACUUUCCCUGAGAGAGACAGAGGUAUCUUUAAAGAGGGUGAAAACAACAUUGUUGAAGAGGAUCCAUUGGAGGCAGUUGUUAAGAAAAUGAAGUUGAAAAAGAAGGAGAAGUAUAGCUAGAAGCAAAAGAAAGUUAAGUUUGAAGGGGACGGCAAUUUUGCUAUUAAGAAUGAAGACGAGGAGGAUGAAGAUUCAGAAGGUGAAUUGGAUGAUACAGAUGAAGAAGAGUAUGACGAGGAAGAAGGAGAAGAUUAUGAGGAUGAUGAAGAAGAGGAGUCAAAGGAGCCAAAGGAGAAAAUAGAUGAUGCAAACAAUGAGAUCAAGAAAGCAUAGAAAUUUGUGCCUGCAGAAGGUGUCAAGUUUACUAUGUAUGAUGAAUAUGGCCUGCCAAAGAAUGAUGGGUUUAAUUACUAGCAGUUUAUAGUCACGGAUGAUUUAAGACCCUCAGACAUGUACAUUGAGGCUCCACCUGAAAUGGUUGAACAGAUGUAUAAGAAGACUGGCUAUCACAGAGACGUUGACAAAGAAGUCAACUAAAUGACAGAAGAAGAGAAGGCAGUUUUCAAUUGCAUGUUUGACGAUGAAGGAGAGUAUGAUGAACUUGAGGAUGAUUUUUUAAUGCUUGCUAAUGAGGGUAAGGCUGCUAUCGUGGUUGUAGAAUCCAAUAAUGAAAAGAAAAUCAAUGAUAACCAGCCUGAAUUCGCAAAUAAGGGAGUAGUUAUAGUUAGAGAUGAGGAGGAGGAAAAGCUAAAGGCAAUGAGAGAAAAAUACAAGAAAUAGCUAGGAAUUGGUCAGCCUAAAGAAAAUGAAGAGGAUGAUGAGGAUUAUGAAGAUGUCGAUGGAGAUGAAGAGGAUGAAGAUGACGAAGAGGAAAAAGAAAUAGAUGAGGGUGAUUUUGAUCAAGUAUUAGAGAAUGAAUAUGCAGAUGAUUAAAUUGGAGAGGCUCCAGAUGCAGAGUAACAAGAUCUUAUUACAAAGGAGAUGCUUGACGAGGCAGUUGAUGAAUUUAUUGAAAGCUAAAAGCUCAGAGAUCGUAAGCUGUAUAAAGAGUUCAAGCCUGAUGGUGCUCCAGAAGAGCCUAUUCCACAACUUAAGACAAAAGCCUAGAUCGACGCUGAAGAGGCUGAGACUGAAACUGAAAAAGCUGAACUUAGAAGAAAAGCUUUGUUUUUAGGAGAAAAACUUUAGUUAGAGUUAGACGAGAGAGAUGUUGACUUUGAGGAACGUGAUUGCUAUGAUCAUAGUAGCGAUGAUGAGCAGAAAUGGGAUUGCAAUACUAUCUUGUCAACAUUUACUAAUACAGACAACCAUCCAGGAGUUAUUAAGACCACUAGAACAGUUAAAGUAAACAAUAAGAAAAUGGAACUUCACAAGUAAUUUAAAGUACCCAUUGAAGGAUUAAUGGCUAUGGAAAUCGAUGUACCAAGGGAAACUAAAAAAUUGAAGAAAAAUGCUAAGGGACCUUAUGAAUAAGUUGAAGAAAUAGAAAGUGAAGGAUCCUCAAGUGGAAAUGAAGAUUAAGAUUAAAAAGAUGGGGCCGAAGGUGAGAGUGAUCCAAAGGACCUUAAGAAAUAAAGAAAAUUGCAACAAAAAUAAGAGAAGAGAGAUAAAAGAAAACUAAAGAAGGAAUUAAAAUUAGCAUUUAAGACAUAGAACACAAAGCUUGUUAAAGCGACUACCACUGAGAUUGGAGCACUUAAAACUGGAGUUUCUGUUAAGAAAAUAUACUGA